AUGCUGAGUGCAUGCUUUUUGCUCAAAACUGUGGUUUUCAACAUCGAUAUGGGAUAUGGCGCAUGGCAACAACUGAUCGUCAAACUCACUUCGAAUAUCAAUUAUUCUAAAUGGGCACUAUACGCUCUUGGAAAUCCAGUUAUUUCACAUGCAAUUUUGCACUUUAAUAAUGUGACGCCAGUGAGAACAGUAUCAACACUUGUCACAAAGCUUUAG